GGAUAUCAUGAUCUGUUGUUUCGGGUUUACCAACAACCUGAUAUUCCCUCUUGAACGUCUGAUCGGUGUUGGUAGUAGCGCUGCCUAGCUUUUUGGCAUCUUUGGAUCUUUCGUGUAGGGUGGACAUCAUGAACAAGGUUUGAUUAUGGGCAGUGUUUAGAUAACGGGAUGUUUGAUAGUACUUCUGGAUUGGAGUAUAUAUACUCGCUGGGGUCGUAUUCAGACUGUGUCUCGUAUUGCGUCAGUGUGAUGUCAGGCCUGAUUCUGAACGUCAGUAUCCAGGAAAACUGGAGCAUAUUUCGUCAGAAACCGAAUUGCACAAAAAAAGAGUGGAGAAAUCUAGAAUCCGGGGAGAGAGACCUCGAGUAUUUGUGAAAGUAACAGUGUUGCUAUUGUUAUCAUAAUGCUUGCAGUAGCUGUACCAGCAUUUGCGGUGUUGCUACAGUCAAAAGCAGACGGACGAAACCGGACAUUGCCGAGACGCGACUUGACCUGCGACGAUGGCAACCACAUCCUCCCCACCAUCCAUAAUCCUUACUGAUGCUUUGGCUUCAUUUACCAAAGCUGCAAAUCUCGCAUUUGCAACAGUUCAAGACCAGGCUCGCGUCGAAGUGGCGAAAGUGUCCACAGAGACGCGGGAGGCGCGACGUGAACGUGACGAUGCACUCAAGGCUCUGCAUGCAUCCAGGAGCGAUGAACAGGUUUGGAAAGAAGAAGCAGGUGCUUGGAAGACAGCGGCAGAACAGGCUGAUAUGACUGUAAAACAUCAAACGGAGACCAUCGCUCAGCUCCGACAUGAAGCAACCCAAUGGAAGAAUCAGUGCUUACGCUUAGAAGAGACCUCACGACAGGAGGCCAUCAGCUGGAAAGAGCAGUUUUUGAGAGUCGAACAAGAACGAUGUAAGCUAUCCUUGAGGGUAGACGAGCUUAUAAGCGAGCAAUUAAACUACCAGACAAGUACUCCAUCGCUUCCCUUUACUCCAAAGGUCAGAUACACAGACACAAACAUGUCAAUAUCGUCAAGAUCGCAUCACCUUUCAAAUUACGCGUCCGCGAGUCCCGCUUCUCAAGAUAUGCCUUCCACCAGUUCAGCAAAAUCUCAAACCGACUCUCAAAGGCCCAGCUCUCUCAUGGAUAAACCUCUAGCUGCCGCGCGUGAUAGGGCUCCCGGAAAAUUUGCGAUAACACAACUGCCGACGCCAGUAAGCGAGCACCAGAGGAAUAUCAGGCAAAAGGUUGGGAAGGGUAAAACCUUCUCAGUGGAAAUCCCCUCUCGUGGUGAACCACAACACAAUGGAGAUGGGGAUACUCCAGGCUCUCGGACUACAUUCAUUCGACGCGUAAAGGCUGUCGUACAGAUACCUGUAAAAGAAGAGAGCUUUGAUGGCAAUGUUUCCGACCCCUCGCCUUCUGCGUCUACAUCCUCCUCAGCUCCUGCUGUCAACUUGGAAGCUCCCCCAUCGCGUUCUGCACGACAGACGCGCACGAAGAAGCGUACUCGUAAAGCAGUACAGGAUGAGAUCGAAAGCCAAAGUGAGAUAGAGGAAGUCGAGAAUAGCCAAAGCUCAGGAGAUGGGCACUCUCUCGCGGAAGAUUCAGACGAUGAAGACGAACUAAUGAUGUGUCCUGAGAAUAACGAUCAAGAAAUGUAUGGGGUCCAGCAUAUCUCUCAAGCUGCUCGUCGAGGAAAUACAAAAACCACUGCGAUACCAGAGAAAAGGCGCAAAAUCACUGCCGUUAAACGCACAAAUAAACUAUCUAGCGAGAAACCAAAAGCAAGGAGAGUCUAAUCAUUGAAUUAAGUGUAGUCGAUUUUCUUAUUCCUAUUUUCGUAUUUUGAAUAACCUAUUAUGUAUCUUUCUAUGUAUCAUCAUAUGUCAAACACUGUUGCAAGCUUAAACCCAUGUACCGGUCAUGUACCAGUCACAACGCAGGCUAUAUUGAAUUUAGUUA